AUGUCCGCGGAACACAAGAAGGAGCCCGGCGUGGCGCUCAAGAGGCCUCGAGGGGUGGACGGCGGCGUGGAGGGCUUGGCGGGCGCCGGGCUGCAGCUGGGCAGCCCCGACAAGAAGAAGCGCAAGGGCGGCGCGCAGGGCACCCCCUUCCCUGCGCCUCCCUCCGAGUACGCCCCACCGCCCAACCCGAGCGCCGAGCACUUGAUCGCUGCCAACCCCUUCGACGACAGCUACGCCGCCGCCGCCUACAAGCCCGCGAGUGGCCCCUACUUCGCCGGCCCCGCGUAUUCCGGCUUCGGGGGCUACAACGCCUUUAGGAUGCCGCCUCAUCUGCUGCCCAGACUGGCGUCCCCGUACGGGGCGCCCGCCUUCCCCCUCCGCCACCGGCCGCCCCCCUUCGGCCAGAGCCCGGCAGGAGCGGCCUUCUGCAGGGCUCCAGCCGUGACCUUCGGGUCGCCCGAGAACGCGGCAGGCUUCGGCCACCAGCCCUCCUACAGCGCCAGCCAAACCCUGCCUGGGCCCGGCCUGCCCUUCCGGCCCAACCCCGGUGAAAACUUUGGCCACAUACCCUCGCAGAACGCAGGCCCUAUGCCUCCGUCUGCUGGGCAUUUGGGGCCAGGCCCCAACCCUGCCUUUGGCAGCUCCCUGACGGAGCCCAACCACUCUUACGCUCCGGGGCUGAACAGCUACAAUCAGGCAAAAGCUUUCCCAAAACUGGGGGUCAGCAAGCAUCAGCCUCCGCCCCAGCAGCACCACCCCACCUCGCAGGGAGCAGAGGGUCUGCUGAGCUCAGGAACCACAGAUGUAAAGGCCAGCCGGCACCAGCACAUCCCAGUGGGCACCCCAGAGAGGGUCCUGCCGAAGCACAUGGAAAAUCUGAACAGUGCCCAUGUGAAUGGGACCCCCGCUAAACCCUGCCUGCCCCAUGGAGGUCCUGAGGGAAGCAGCUCAGAGAAGGAUGGUGGGGGCAGCAAAAUCCCGCUCCACCCCCUCCAGCACGACCACCUGCUCUCUGAGCCAGUUUACCCAUGUGGGAUUUGUACCCACGAGGUGAAUGAUGAUCAGGAUGCCAUCCUCUGUGAAGCCUCCUGUCAGAAAUGGUUCCAUCGGAUCUGUACAGGCAUGACGGAGUCGGCAUAUGGUCUGCUGACCACAGAGGCUUCGGCAGUCUGGGGCUGCGAUACUUGCAUGGCAGACAAGGACAUUCAACUGAUACGCACCAGGGAGAUGGUGGGACCAUCGGCCCUGAACACCGACGUCUGA